AUGAAAAAGAAAGAUGAGCAAAACGGGAAAGAGUGGAAUGCGCAUAUCACAACGAAGAGUACACAGCCUGUUUAUUUGUUUUUUGAUAUUAGACUGGUCGGUUUUGCUCUUAUUCGUUUUUUCAAGAACUGGUUCUUCACAGAACAGCUCUCCAUGCUCCUGCGUCGAGGCUUGGGCAGAAAGUUUGUAGAACUUUCAAAGGCGAUCGGAGAUCGCUGUUUUUGUAAAUACUAUGUGGGAGUAGUGUGGGAAAAGGAUGAAAUCUCGAAUUCGUUUUUGCAGAAGGUUGGAUUUAAAGCAGUGGAAGAAAAUUCUGCGCGAGUCUUUAACAAAAAUAGGAAAUUUGUAGUAUUUAUGGAAUCUUAUUUUGAGGAUGCUUACUACAAAAGCAAAUCAUAUGAGGUAUAUCAGAUACUAGAUCCUCUGAACUGUGGAAAGAGCGAAAAGAUUGUUAUUGAUGCUGAGAAACAGUGGAGACUCACCGAAGAUGAAAUAAAUAGCGUGUUUGGUUCUAAACUGGAGUAUUUUACAGUAGAAUGCCAUACAGCUGCAGAGUUGGGAACGGAGAAGAUCCAGUUGAUAUAUGAGUUAACCAUUAAUAACAUGCGGAAACUAUGGAUUGAAAAUGGAUAUGAAUGGGACGACGACGAAGAAAUUAAGGAAAUGAACUCUAAAACUUCACAUUACAUACUUGUCCGUUCAAAAGAGACGCAGCAAUUUGUUGGUUAUGCAGAUAUCCGAUUUCGGAUUGACUGGUUACAUAAGCUGGAGCCUGUUGUAUACUUAAACUUUUUACAAGUCCACCCGAAGUAUCAAAACCAAGGUAUUGGAAGCUGCUUGUUACAAGCAAUCGAGCUGAUCGCCCGCCGAUCUGGUUUUCCACUGUGUCAGUUGAGUGUCUGGAGUAAUAAUUAUGGAGCCUAUCGGUUGUAUACUCGAAGUGGCUUUCAGAAAUAUGAGAAUGCUUUGACCUCUCACAAUACUACAAAUGUAAUGUAUAAGCGAUAUCAGUGA